AUGGUGCCUCGUAAGCUUAAUAAUCACGCUCAUCAUGGGCACAAGUAUAAGAAAAAGACACUUGGUGAUAUACAAUUUUCUUUAAAAUUUGAUCCAGCAACUUCCAAAUUAUAUCUUACAAUUAUUGAAGCAAAAAAUUUAAAAAAAAUGGAUCUUAUAGGUUUAUCUGAUCCAUACGUCAAAAUAUCAUUGGUCCUAGGUGGUCUAAGAUUGAAAAAAGUGAAAACAACAAUUAAAAGGUCAACAUUGGAUCCAUAUUACGAUGAAUCAUUUAUAUUCAACAUACCACGCUCACAAAUUAUGAAUGUGAAAUUAGUAAUCGCAGUGAUUGAUCAUGAUUUUAUUGGAAGCUCAGAUAUAAUAGGUAAAAUUGUUUUGGGAUGUAAAGAGAGUGGAACAGGACUUGAACAUUGGAAUAAUAUGUUAGCAGCAAAACCAAAAACAAAACCAGUAGCACAAUGGCAUACACUCAAACAUAUGAAUGAUAACAGUUAA